GGACGAUGAUAAAGAAUAUAUUGAUGGGAUCCAUGAGGCAAGUCAUUGGGCAUCUGCUGUUUCUCUAAGGAUAUUAUUUGCAAUUUUAUUGUUGUCUGAAUCAUUGAGCAGACCGGACAAGGUUUGGGAUAAAGUUUGGAAAUAAUUGGCAGAAGACAUCCAGUAUAGGCAACGCCUACUAUAUCAACAUCCAGAUUUGAUGUUGACUGAUGAAUAAUUGCAAAAUUUUACUUUGGUUGAGAUUGAAUAUUUAUUACAGAGUCAUGGAAAAAGUCUUCAAGAUUUUCCUCCCAUGCCAGUUCCUCCUUUGGACUCGAUGCAAUUUAAUGUGAACAGGCUCAUAGAAGAAGAAUUACAGUAUGACCGUGAAGCUUUGGCUGAAGAGCAAGAGUCUUUGUUUCAAAAUUUAACAGAAGAACAUCGCAAAGUUUAUGAUGAAGUUAUGGAAGCUAUUGACAAACGAGUUGGAGGCAUUUUCUUUGUUUACGGUUAUGGGGGCACCGGAAAGACAUUUGUGUGGAGGACUCUCUCUGCUGCUAUACGUUCUAAAGGAGAAAUUGUUUUGAAUGUGGCUUCAAGUGGUAUUGCAUCUUUAUUGUUGCCCGGCGGUCAAACUGCACAUUCUCGAUUCGCAAUCCCAUUUUCCUUGAAUGAAGAUUCAACGUGUAACAUUAACAGGGCAGUCCAAUUGCACAACUUAUUGUGAAAUCUAAGCUCAUCAUUUGGGAUGAGGC